GUAAACGAACAUUUUGGUGGGUCUGGUGGUGCCUGGUGAGUCCAGAACGCGAAUCAAAGCCGACCGCGGCAGCAGCCAGGACUCGGGUGCGGACACCUUCGUAAACCAAACAGCAGCAGCGAAACGCCGGCGAAGGAGGGUGGUGCUUUGGUUGUGCUUGUGCGGGACGAGGUCGAGGGUUUGAAAAGGCCAUGGCUGCAGCUUCCUGCAGGCCCUGCAGCUUCCUGCAGGCCCUGCAGCUGUUUCACGACCGGAAUGUGUUAGAAGGAAGCUUGGGUGUUUUAUGAUUGAUUUUGUUUGUUUUUGUAGGGUGGGACCUCCUAGGAGGAAUGUGGAUUCGAACCGGUUGUAUUCGGUGGUGGUGUGCCGGGAUUGGUGGUUGAAGGUCGAUUCCCGCGAGGACUGGGACGAGAUCAUCGAGGAGAUGGCGCUGUCAACGCGUUGCUUGAACAAAGAGAUUGCGUUGAAGAAGAAUAACAUCCGAUUUUUGGACAAGUACGAGAAAAGAUCCGAAGGAGGACGGCAAGAAUCGGCAUAAUCGGUGGUGGUCAGCGCGGAUGUUGCACUCGAUGUCGGCGGUUCACAUCACCGUAUUGACAACUUCCCACCCACAAACGCUCACAUCGCGAUGGCGCAGCUUCAGCCGAAUGAACCUGGACAGUGAGCCAAAAAAAAUCUGUGUCAUUCCCGAAGUAGGAUUACGUGCUCAAAAUCGAAUUCCGUUCCGAGGGCCUCAUCAACUCCAUGUUCCGGAUGCGCUUCCAGGAUCGGGAACUCCCCGUUCAGGCACUUUACUUUCCAGCCGGAAAACGUCGACCACCCUUCCCGAAUCAACGGCCAACUCCUCCAAGACUUUCCUGAGGCCGGAAACGUGUUACACUGCUGUCGCGUGUCGAAACCUCCAUCCGGAAUCGUCCUAGGGUAUUCGGAAGUGACCGGUGGCGUACCGUAUGAAUCGGUAAAGCUUGGACUCGGAUAUUGGCCUACCAUGAGCUGAAGCUAGCGGAGAAGCGUUAAAUACAAUAAAAAAUAUUUUUAACAUACAGUU